CUUCAACAACACUCUUCCAGAUCAUCAUCCAUCCAUGCCGGGCCUUUGGUGCUGGAGUAGUACUAUACUUUCAUGAAUAUGCCAUUUUUUUCUUCGUGAGUAGUCUGCGUCUAUUGUGGAACCGGACUAGAUCCACCUCGUGUGACAACCAUCGUCACUCACAACUCAAUGCCCGCUACAAUCGCGAGCGAUCGCAAGAAGGCUGGAGCUGUCGCAACGCGUAAUUCUGCCAAAGAAAUUGGCGGAGAUUCACAAGUAGACGAAAACGCCCUCGUCCGAUUACACGUUACGCCGUUUACGCCUGCGCUAUUGAAGGUUUACCUCGCUCCAUCCGUCUUACCACUCGCACAAAAUAUCUCGUAUCACACCGUCGAGACCUUUCCCGAUAAGGGCUUUGGCUACGUGGAGCUGCCUGCCAUGGAAGCCGCCAAACUCAAGAAGAAACUCAAUGGCUCUACUUUGAAAGGUUCUAAAGUCAAGAUCGAAGAGGCAAAGCCUGAGAAGCGAAAGGCCAAUGACGAUGCCCAGGACGACGAAAAAGCCGUGAAACGCGCGAAAAAGGAGAGAAAGAGGAAGGAACAGGGCGUGAUUGAAGGUGCAGAAUUGCCAGGCGAUAGGAAAAUCAAGAGGGGCUGGACAGAGCCACCUGCGAAAAAUCGAAAAGAAAGGAAGGACAAAGAUAAAGACAAGAAGGAUAAGAAGGACCAAAAAUCAAAACAGAAAGAGUCCAAGUACACGAAAGAGCCGGAAAUGCUGUUCAAGACCGUAUUGCCACCCGUUAUUGCCACUGAGAUGGCCAGCAAGGACAAGUCGAAGUCGAAGAAGGACAAAAAGUCGAAGAAAUCAAAAUCUCAGCAAGAGACAAUCGUACAUGAGUUUACGAACAACUCAAAGCAGCCUAGCUUCCUCAAAAGUACUCAAGUCGUUACGGAGGCUAAGCCAGCGGUCGAAUACAUUAAUGGUAAAGGGUGGGUUGAUGAGGAUGGUAACGUCGUUGAGGCCGAAACUGGAAAGGCUAGAUUCCGGCGGAUCCUAGAACUAGUAGAUGUUGAGCCUAUGGAGAAGAAAGACACAGCAGACCCUGGAUCCGAGGCGAAGAGCAGUAGCAAACCCAGACCAGCGAGAGAGAAGAGGGUGAAGAGGAAAGCAACCCCAUCGCCUUCAUCGUCUGAGUUGGAAGAAUCUUCCGUGGUCUCUUCCUCCUCUGAGAGUGAAGAUUCUGAAUCGGAAGAUGAGGCAGAGGCAGUCAACGAGCCUGCUGCAUCAUCGCCUCCCGCCGCUGAAAGCACUCCUGAAAUCGCCGUGACUCCAUCAUCCCCUUCUGGGCGGAAACCGGAGGUUCAUCCGCUUGAGGCUUUGUUCAAGAAGCCCAAACCAACCUCCAUCGAGCUUCCCAACACUCCGGCAAAAGGUCUGGCUCCCAUAAAUACUUCGUUCAGCUUCUUUGGAAAUGACGACUCCAUGGAAGUUGACGCCGAUGCAUCCGGCAAUCCUCCCGUCACUCCAUUCACGGAGAGAGACUUAGAGUGGAGAGGUCUGCGAAGUGCUGCUCCAACGCCCGACACAGCAACUGUUGGACGUCGAUUUUCUUUCUCUUGGCGCAAAUCCAGCCAAGAAGUGGAUGACGAGGAAGAUGACGACGAUAUCGAAGCUGGCAAGCAGUUGAACAGUAACACCAAGGCUAAUUCCUCUGUCGCACAUCUACCUGGUCUAGCAGAAGAAGAUGAAGAUGAAGCCAACGAGCUCGACGUCGGCGGCGAGUCUGGCGAUGAGAGUGAUAAUGAUAGACAAGCAACACCAACCCGGUCCCAGAAAGGAAAGGCAGGCUUGAACGAGGAGGAAGAUGAAGAGAAAGAAGAGAGCGAGUUUGCGAAAUGGUUCUGGGAGAAUCGAGGCGAGAACAACCGGGCAUGGAAGAAGCGGAGACGAGAGACAUUGAAGACGAAGAGGCUGCGAGAAAACAAGAAGCUUAGGAGGGCAGCGUGAUAAGACGUCCAUGUCUGGGCUUUUUGUAAUAUACCCUUCAGCCAUUGCACCAAUAACUUGGACGCAACGGACACUCGUAGUUGGAUAUGUGAAGAUUGUUGCUUGCGACGGUCAAGCUUCUUGAACGUGGAAUUGUAUCUUGAGUCUUUAUUGAUGAUCAUACAAAGCAUCGAUCAAGGCUUUCAACUCUGCUUCAGCCCCAAAUGUGUAGCCAAAAUUUAGAACAACGCAAUCCGA